UAAGUAGUCGGCAGAAGACCGAGCUUGCUGGCGGAAUUUUUCCUGCUACUUGUACGGACUGAUUAGCGACUUUAAAUACUUCAACUACAGUUCAUUUCAAGAUUUACAGAGAUGAAGGCAGUAAUAUUCAGGAAGGACUUGGUCGUUUUCCUCUGUUUUGGGCUAUUCGGUGAGCUUACCAACAUUUGCAUAGUAGUAAAGCGAAUUCUAUUUAUUAAUUACUUUUUCUCUCUAUCCGUCCACGUCUCUCAUCCUCUUCUCUCCUGUUAAUCGUAUAUAGCCUUAGGCAAGAGUUUAGAAGCGAUGACAGCUAUCUUACCAGAUAAAGACUUAUUUGCAAGUUUGUCCUUCAACUUUGCGGCAAAGCUUGCCCACAGACUUUGUAGGUAUAUUAUUACUUGACAGAACGUGGUUACUUGACAAUUUGAUCAUCUAUGACUGUUAGAUCAACUACAAACGCUACUAAGACCGAAACCGAUGCCCAUUGCCUAUCUUUUCACAAAAAAUUACUGUUUAACGGGCCGUUAAAUUCUUUUGAUGUUGCCAAUCAGUACAACUUGACAAAGAACGAAUUUCUGGAGGAUUUCGAAAGAUUUAGCCUUAUCGUCAGUUGUAAUAGGAAUGCGAAUACACUGAUUGGCAUUGUCAAUAUUAUUGACAACGAUGAACUUGAAUUUUUCCAAUUUCCUAACGAUGUAUCAUCAUCAUUAUCAUCAUCAUCACCGUCGUCGUCAUCAUCAUCAUCAUCAUCGUCAUCGUCAUCGUCAUUACCAAUUGAGGAGAUGAGGGUAGUCAAAUUGUCCUAUUAUCUUGAUCUUAGAAACAAUGGUAUAGAAAUGGAUAACUUAUGUCACAUCUCAACCCAUAAUGAUAAGAAUAUCAUAUUUAAUAUUUCAUCGGUUGCUUCAUCUAUAAAGUUAGCAAAUGCAAAUCAUUACAGUAGAUCACUUUUCAGUCUAAGAGGUAAUGAUGAUUGGUUUGCUCAACCCAGAUUAGCGAAAGUGUUCAAGUCUUCUUUAAUUGAAAAGCCUUGUCUGGACGAAAUAAGGGGCUCCUCUUUAAAUAUUACGAAUGGAACACUACGACUUCUUCGAACUUUGACCGACGUUGUAACUGCUAAACGGCAAUCAAUUUGUUUCGUUAUGCCGGCGGAUAGGAACAUGAUUGUUGAAAUCCUUACGGACCGCAAAUUGAAUCUAAAAAUCAUUGGCUAUUUGGAAAAUGGGCUUAUGACACGUUUUCUAUUCUUUAGAAAGAAUAAGGAAAUAUCCAGGAUAGAUACUAAUAGUAUUUUUUGCGGAGGUACCAAAUUUGAUUUCACCGGCAAGGAAUUUUUAUUCUUAGAACGAGAUGAUUUCAAAGCUUCAGCCGAAGAUGGUACAGUUUACAUAGUUUUAAAGGAUUUGGGUCGAAAAGUACAAAUAAAAAUUGUCCGAUUGAUAAACAGUAGCGGGAUUGGCUUUAGCUUUGAGCUUAUGAACAUCGGUGGCGACUGGAGUUCGGACUGUUUAACUGGCGGACUAAUGGGAACGAUUGCAAACUUUUCAAUCUACGAACAAUCAGAAUUGGUCACAGAGAUGGAAGAUAUAAAUAGAAGGGCAGUUGUUAACAUUAAUAAUAAACCGACUGCCGCCUAUCUAGCAGAUGAGUCGGCGAGUUGUUGGCUAUUGAUGGAUAACGAUUUUCACUUUUCCAACCUCUUUGCUAAUUUUGUUCACCUUUAA